GACCAAGUCGGAAACUCAAAGUCCGCACUGGCUGCAUCACCUAUACGCAAAGUUAAAUGUGACGAGGGAAAACCAUUCUGCAAACGCUGCACAGAUACCGGGCGCACUUGCGACGGCUAUGCCACACAGCCAGAAAAGAAAUGUAUCAAAUUUGGCACAGUUGCACAACCACCCGCCACUACCUCAAUACAGAAAAGACCAUCACCUCCGACUGCUAUAUCAGGCCGAGCUGUCCGACGGCUAGCGCCAGCUACAUUGAUUGUUGAUGCUGCCUUUUUAUCACCAGAAAUCUCCAGCGAGGCCAGCCAAUUCAUUGAGUACUUCAGCAUGCGGACCGGUCCUGCACUUUCCAAUGUCUUGAGUCAUUCGUUUUGGUCCUAUACUCUGCCUCAGUUGGGUGUGUCGGAGCCGGCCAUUCGACACGCCCUGGUCGCAUUGGGUUCCGCCCAUGCACGCUUUGAAGCCGAUGCUACCAACAAUCAAUCUGUCCAAGACGCGAUACCCCAAAAUUUUGUACUGCGCCACUACAAUGAGGCCAUCAAACAAUUGAAGUUAUAUCUCAGCAGAGGAUCUCAAUCGCUUGACAUCGCUCUGUUGUGUUGUCUGCUGUUCAUCUCACUGGAAUGCAUCUACGGUAAUCGAUUGCUGGUCAUUGAUCACCUACAAAACGGACUGAACAUGCUCAGAUCUUCGUUGAUAGAAGACAGGCAGACAGAAGCAUCAUCGAACACCGUUGCCAAAUCCAUUAAGCAAGAGGUUCGGCCACUGUUCCAUCGACUGGAUUCCCAAACAACCUUGAUGGGCUUCUCAGGGUCUAGUCUGUUCAAUCACAUGGAUAAAUUGUUUUUAUUGUCCAUACCAAGGUCAUUCGACAGCUUUGACCAUGCCAAACGCUCGCUCGACUCGCUUGUUGCUUCAAGUCUUGGUUUCAUUCGCACGAUCCACGAUGGAAAGCAUGCGGAAAACGGUUCCAUAUCUCUCUCGGGACGGACACUGCAAAUCCAUCUACUGAGCGAAUUCUCUAUCUGGAAGAACAGCAUGGCCAACUUUGUAAAAUCGUGCGGUGUGUUUACAGACGAAGACAACAAAAUAGAGAAAGCUCUCCGGGUACAGCAUACAGCUACCUUUAUAUGGCUAGCGCGAUGCACCGAGGUCGAAGAGACUGGCUUCGAUCCUUACCUCCCCGAGUUCGCGACCAUUGUCAAAUGGUCACGAAUCCUAACCACACCAAAACGAGAGCCAAAGGAAUAUUGCUUGCAUUCGAAGCUGGCCUCGCUCUCAGUAUCUAACGUGCCGAGGUUCUCACUCAACAUGAAUUACAUACCCNCUUUGUACCUCGUGGCCAUCAAAUGCCGCGAUCCAAUCACAAGGCGCGAAGCCAUAUCUAUUCUCGAAGAAACCAACGGCCGCGAAGGCCUUUGGGACGCUCGCCUGCACGCAAGAGCUGCCAGAAGAUUGGUAGAAGUAGAAGAAGCCGGUGUGUUGAUAUUCGAGGGCGCAAAAUCUGCAUACAUGGAACCAGGGCCAUUGAUGCGGAUGAUCGCGGAUGGAGAGGUGAGGAUGCCUCGGCAGAAUCCCAUUCAAGAGUGUUUUCGCGUCCACGACAUGGACCUUAGGAAUGUCACCGAAGGGGUGACUGGUACAGUCGAUGUCACCUGGCGUAUCUAUCCAAACGGCCGCCACGAGGAGAAGAUGCAGUGGACAGAGGUACUCGAAUUC